AUGGGCAAAAUUCUACCAGAGGGUGUUGGAGAAGUACAAGAAUUUAUCGAUAUUUGUGAUUAUGCUGUGGGUCUAUCAAGAAUGUUUGACGGAAAAGUAUUACCAUCAGAACGUGCUGGUCAUAUUUUGAUGGAACACUGGAAUCCAUUGGGUAUUGUUGGUGUUAUAUCUGCGUUUAAUUUUCCAUGUGCUGUAUUUGGCUGGAAUGCGAGUAUUGCACUAGUCUGUGGAAAUGUUGUUCUAUGGAAAGGAGCACCAACCACACCAUUAACAAGCAUAGCUACAACAAAGAUAAUUCAAAAAGUUCUUGAACGUAAUAAUUUAUCUGGUGGUUUAAGUUCAAUGAUCACUGGUGGUGCACAAAUUGGUCAAGCGCUAUGUGAAGAUAAACGAAUACCUUUAGUAUCGUUUACAGGCUCAUGUCAAGUCGGAAAAAAAGUUCAAGAAACAGUAACCAGUAGAUUUGGAAAAUGCCUACUUGAAUUAGGUUAG